AUGGCGGACAAAGGAGGACGCGGGCGGCUGCUAUUCUUCCCACUGCCACUCCAAGGCCACGUUACUCCCAUGCUUCAAUUGGCUGAAAUUUUUUACUCAAAAGGCUUUUCCAUAACUAUAAUUCACACCAGAUACAAUUCUCCAAAUCCAUCCAGUUAUCCCAACUUCACCUUUCUCCCAAUCUCCGAUGGUUUCUCCGAGAAAAAAACCUCGGAACUUAGUAUCUUUGCUCUUGCUUCGAUUCUCAACGUUAAUUGUUUAGAUCCUUUUAAAGAUUGUUUGACGGAUUUGUUGUCUGGAGAGUCAAAGGUGCACACCACCUGUUUGAUAUCAGAUACUGUGUUGCAUUUUACUAGGGAAGUUGCUGAGAGUUUUAAGCUGCCCAGGUUUGUGUUAAGAACGUCUGGUGUUGGGGUUUUCCGGGCUUUUGCUGCAAUUCCACUUCUUCGCGAAAAAGGAUAUCUCCCUAUUCAAGCUUCUCGACUAGAAGAACCUGUUCCAGAGCUUCCUCCUUUAAGAGUUAAGGAUCUUCCUGUUAUCAAUGUACCGAAUGCAGAGAUGUUCUAUCAGCUAAUUGCAGGACUAGUCAAUGAAGCUAGGACUUCUUCAGGCGUAAUUUUCAAUUCAUUUGAAGAACUUGAACAAUCUGCAGUUGCUGCAGUUCGCCAAGAAUUUCCAACGCCAAUAUUCCCAGUUGGCCCCUUUCACCAGUACUUUCCAUCUGCUUCAAGUAGCUUGGUGCAACCAGAUGAGACUUCUAUUUCUUGGCUUGAUAAGCAAGCCCCUAAAUCUGUAAUUUAUGUGAGCUUUGGAAGUAUAGCUGCUGUAAAAGAAAAUGAAUUUUUGGAGAUUGCUUGGGGGCUAGCAAAUUGCAAGCAUCCUUUCUUAUGGGUAAUUCGACCUGGAUCAAUUCAUGGCUCGCAAUGGCUGGAAUCAUUGCCUAGUGGUUUCUUAGAUAUGGUGGGUGAAAGAGGACAUAUUGUCAAAUGGGCUCCUCAACUAGAAGUGCUUGCUCAUCCUGCUGUAGGAGCGUUUUGGACUCAUAAUGGCUGGAACUCGACUCUAGAGAGCAUAUGUGCCGGGGUCCCUAUGAUCUGCAUGCCAUGUUUUACAGACCAGUUUGUGAUUGCAAGGUAUGUUACUCAUGUUUGGAAAGUUGGGGUACAACUGGAUAAUGGCUUGGAGAGGAAAACUAUUGUGGAGGUCAUCAGAAAACUAAUGGACAAUGAAGAAGGUGAAGAGAUCAGAAAUAGGGUAGUGGAUUUCAAAGAGAAGGCAAAUGUUUCCUUGAGGCAUGGUGGCUCUUCACAUGGAACUCUGGAAAACCUAAUAAGCUGCAUCUCAUCAUCCUGA